AUGUCUAGAAGAUUAAAAAGAACAAACUUAUUUUCGAAGGAUGUUAGUUCGUUAUUAUAUGCUUAUGGUGAUGUACCACAACCAUUACUUUCUACAACACAUUGUUUAGAUGAAGUUGUCGCACAAUAUUUAGUGGAUGUAUGUACAUCUGCUGUAAAUGUAUCCCAGAAUAGUAAUAGGAAUAAGGUUAGAUUAGAAGAUUUUAAAUUUGCAUUAAGGAAAGAUCCAAUUAAAUUGGGAAGAGCUGAAGAAUUAAUUGCCACUAAUAAAGUGAUUACUGAAGCCAAAAAACAGUUUAAUGAAGCAGAUAAUUCAUCUUUGAAAAGAUUUAGAGGACAAAAUGGUGAAGAAGAAGAAGAAGAAGAUGGUGAAGAAGAUAAUGAACAAGAUGAUAAUGUUGAUGGUGAUGAGGGAGGAAGUACAGAUAAUUAUUCUACAAAUAGUAAAAUAUCAUCAAAUAAGAAUACAUCAGCAAAGAAAGCAAAGAAAAAUAAGAGUACAAAUACAAAGUCUAGCAAUCGAGCUAGGAAACAAAAAUCAUCUACUUAA